AGUGCCCAGACCAAAAAUAGAGGGGAAAAGUUUCCCCAGUGGCUGUUUCAUGUGCCAGUCACAGUGAAAGCCAAUGGGGCACGCAGCUGCCUCAUGCCCCAAUAACCCCACGCCCGCUGUUGGGUGACCGACAGGCAGAGCCAGGCAGACCUGUCCGCACCCUACAGAGGAGCUGGGGACCAGCUGGGGAAGGGCCUUGCAGCAUCCCACAUCACCCCACCUGGGGACCAGCUGGGAAGGGCCUUGCAGCAUCCCCAUCACCCACCAACAGGAGCAGACGUCGUGGGAGCCCAUCUACGGUGAGGGGUCCCCGUGCCGCAUCGCCACCGCGGUGGUUCCCUGUGGUGCUCCAGAUUUCUGCUUCCCUUUUCUUGCUUCCCCUGCCCUCCUUGUGACAGGUUAGGGGUUCCCCGGGAUGCAGGAUGGGGACACUCCAGGGAUGGCCUUGGGUUGGGUCUGUGCUCAUCCCUGGGGAAUGGGGUGACGUUUUGGUGGGGCGUGGGGUGGCCGUGUCUGGAGGGUGGCUGUCUUGCAGGGCACCACAGCACGUGCYAUGGGGGACUGGAGCCUGCUGGGCCGGCUGCUGGAGAAUGCCCAGGAGCACUCCACGGUGGUGGGGAAGGUGUGGCUCACCGUCCUCUUCGUCUUCCGCAUCCUGGUGCUGGGGGCAGCUGCGGAGCGGGUCUGGGGUGAYGAGCUGUCUGGCUUCUCCUGUGACACGCAGCAGCCCGGCUGCCAAAAUGCCUGCUAUGACAGCACCUUCCCCAUCUCCCACCUCCGCUUCUGGGUCCUGCAGAUCAUCUUYGUCUCCACCCCCAGCCUUGUGUAUUUGGGCCACAUCCUGCACCUGGUGCAUCUGGAGGAGAAGGCGCAGCAGCAAGCGGCAGCACGGGCCGGCAGCGGGGCCAGGCGGCAGCGCCCCAGGCAGCCCCAGCCCCCUGCAGGGGACACGAGGGCACGGGUGUGCAUGCGGGGGGCCAUCCUCAGGACAUACAUCUGCAAUGUCGUCUUCAAGGCUCUUCUGGAAGUGGGCUUCAUUGUGGGCCAGUACGCCCUGUACGGGUUCCAGCUGAAGCCUCUCUACACCUGCAGCCGCUGGCCCUGCCCCAACACCGUCAACUGCUACAUCUCCCGGCCCACUGAGAAGACCAUCUUCAUCCUCUUCAUGCUGGGGGUGGCCUGCGUGUCCCUGCUGCUCAAUCUGGUGGAGAUCUACCAUCUGGGUCUCACCAAGUGCCGGCGGGCACCAGGCCCCAAGUCGCGCAUCCUGACCRCUCCUGGUGGCCCUGUAGGGCCCAGCAGCACCUAUGUCACCCUGCCCAGGCGUGGCAGCCCCCUGGCUGCUGGCAGACCCCCCCAUGGCCUGGCACCGCUGAAAAAGGCAGGUGCAUGGCUGGGGGUGGCUGGUGGGUCCCACAGGGACAUGCGAACCGCAGACCUGGCAGUGUGAACGGGGGUCUGCUGGGAUGGUCAGGGAUGGGCAAUGCAGGGGUGGUCACAGUGGUGGUUGUGUCUCCAGUCUCUGCCAGGCCUGUGGCAUGGACCCCACAGCCAGCAUGAGAGCUGGGCACAGCGCUGGGGACAUGGCUCAGCUGCUCCUGGCACUUGUGGGAGCAGCAGGGCUGAGAGUAGAGCUGGGAAGUGGGAGCAAAUAAACGCUUAC